AUGGCAAAAGCGACUAUUGCUCCACCGAAAGCUCCGCGCCAGAAUCCACCGACCGCUUUUAAGGAUAAAGAUAAGCCGGAUAGUGUACGAAGCAGCAACAUCUGUGCAGCGAAGGCAGUUGCAAAUGCGAUUCGUACGAGCUUGGGCCCCAAAGGAAUGGAUAAAAUGAUUGAAACGGGAAAAGGUGAAGUGACAAUCACAAACGAUGGUGCAACAAUCCUGAAACGCAUGAGUGUUAUCCAUCCUACUGCAAAGAUGCUUGUGGAAUUAUCAAAAGCUCAGGAUAUAGAAGCUGGUGAUGGAACAACAACUGUUGUUGUAAUUGCUGGUGCAUUGCUUGAUGGCAUUCAUGCGACCACAAUCUCGGAAUCAUUCCAGCGAGCAUCACUUGAGGCCGAGAAGAUUCUUGAGUCGGUGGCAUCGCCAGUGGAUCUUGAAAACGAUGAGCAGCUCGCAAAAAUCGCUACAACCAGCUUAAAUUCUAAGGUCGUCUCACAGCAUUCAUGGCUGCUUGCACCAAUGGCAGUUAGUGCUGUUAAAAAGAUUAUCAACACGGAUGACACAAAUGUGGACUUGCGCAUGAUCAAAAUUGUCAAGAAAUUGGGUGAUACAGUGGAAGAGUCACGUUUGGUGGAUGGUGCUCUCAUCGAUCAGAAAUCAAUGGGCCGUGGUGGACCAACACGUGUCGAGAAAGCCCAGAUCGGGCUGAUUCAGUUCCAGCUGAGUCCACCGAAAACUGAUAUGGACAGAGCUUUAAAAGAGGAACGAAACUACUUGCUUGAUCUGUGCAAGCAAAUUAAAAAAGCUGGAUGUAAUGUUUUGCUCAUACAAAAAAGCAUUCUCAGAGAUGCGGUAAAUGAGACCUCGUUGCAUUUUCUUGCUAAAAUGAAAAUUAUGGUGGUGAAGGAUAUUGAACGAGAAGACAUCGAAUUCUAUUCUCGAAUCCUCGGUUGUCGCCCAGUAGCAUCGAUCGAUCAUUUUGUGCCCGAAGCACUCGGCUCGGCCGAUCUUGUUGAGGAAAUUUCUGUUGGAGGUGGCGAAAAAAUCAUACAGGUUACUGGAGUUCAAAAUCCGGGCCAGGCGGUCUCGAUUCUCAUUCGUGGCUCGAACAAACUGGUGCUGGAAGAAGCUGAAAGAUCGAUUCACGACGCACUCUGUGUCAUCCGAUGUCUGGUGAAAAAGCGAGCACUUGUGUCAGGUGGUGGUGCUCCAGAAAUGGAAGUAGCAGUACAGCUGCGUCAUUUCGGUGCGUUCUCCGCACUGUAUCAGAAUUGUGGAUUUUUGGAUACCGCAGCAGCACUUGUCAUGGCGCCGUGUUCGCCACCAUAA